AUGAUGGGCACAAUAUGAAUAUACUACUCUUCCUUGCAUGCAUUUUUCCUACAACAAAAAAAGUUUAAAAUGCAAAAACUUCUGCUACCAUUUUUCCUUCUAAUUUUCCUCUCUUUCUCUACCCAAACACAAACCUCUUUUCUCUUCCACCACGGCCACCACGACAAUGACGGCCACGACUCCCAGUCAAACAAAUCACACUUUGUGCUCGUCCAUGGUGCCUGCCUCGGCGCCUGGUCUUGGUACCAGGUCACAACCUUCCUACAAACGGCUGGUCACAAAGUCACCGCAGUCGACAUGGCUGCUGCCGGGAUCGACCCAACCCAGCCAGAGUCAUUGACAUCACUUACUGACUACUUCCAGCCAUUGCUGAACUUCACGGAAGCCCUACAAGCCGACGACAAGAUCGUUCUCGUCGGACACAGCCUAGGGGGCCUCGGAAUCUCGAUGGCCAUGGAGAGAUUCCCUGAGAAAAUCUCUGUUGCAAUUUUUGUGACUGCAGCCAUGCCUGGCCCAAUCAUCGGGUUUCAAUCCAUCGAGGAACAGAAGACAACACUUGGAAUGUACAAGGCUUUUCACAAAGGGGAUGAUACCAAAUCCGAGGUUUCAAAGAAGCCACCACGUCUUUUCAUGUUUUCAGAAGAAGAAUUAGAAACCAAGCUUUUCCCACUAUCUCCACCUCAGGAUUUGACAUUGGCAAGAACAUUGGUGAGGCCUCAAGCAAUGUUUGGUUUGUUGGAGUCAAUGAAGGAGCUAAGACUAAGUAAAGAGAAUUAUGGGUCUGUGAAGAGGGCUUUCAUUAUAUCACAAAAUGACAAAAUGACAUCAAAGUUUAUGGUUUGGGCUAUGCUCCUUUUAAAUAAGCCUGAUCGUGUGGAGGAGGUUCAUGGAUCAGAUCACAUGGUCAUGACUUCAAAGCCUCUUGAACUUGCUCAACUUCUCGGCACCAUUGCUCAAGACUAUGCUGCUUUUUCUUCUUCUACUUCAUCUUCCACUUUUGUCCGUGAUGAUCUGUAAUAUUUGUGAUUGUCGUCUACAAGAUUUCUCCUUUUAUCUCUACUAAUGUUAUCAAAUGAAGUAAAAUGACAUCAUUUUACAUCACA